CUAAACCCACAACAGUAAAAUCAGUCUGUAUAUGCAGUAAAGCAUUCCUGUUAUACUCACUGUGGUACCUAAGGGGUUAAUCCUCUGCAUUGUUAAAAAUGUUGUUUGAUCCUGACUUCUCUGAUCCUCCCUUCUUCUAAUAAGACAUCCUGUAGAGACACUCUACACAUGCUCAGUUUAGUGUGUAUUGCUAGAGAGGUUUUUUAUUUUCUUAGGAGAGUGCAUGUGAUCAGCACAGGGCCAAUCAGCACUGUCCAGACAGAGGUCAGGGGUUCUGCAUCUCCUAGA